GGUGUAAAUAUGAGGAUCCCUAAAAGUGUUCGGACCGCCCCUGCUGGACUCUGGCGCCCUUCCAUUGGCCCACCGAUGAAGAGGUGUCGUAUGUCCCAUUGGAGCCAUGAAAACAGCAAGGACGGCAUUCCGGUGGGAUUUCAACGGAUAUGAUAAAGUUAAAACAAAAUAGUUUUUGUUGGGAUACAUUUUCAUGUGACUGGCUGUGGACAUAACAAAGACCUUCCUUCAGUAUUAGCGGCUUACAAACCAUAUUUGUCCCCAAAUUUGGUUUGUUUUUCGGUACCAACAAUGUCCGAAGAAAAGGGUCAUUCAGAACAGCUGACGGCAACCGAGCCAAUAGCACCAGACGGACUGUCGGUGAACCCAAGGGCGGUUUGUAGCGUGUGUACUCGCUUGUACCGGGAUCCUAAAAUCCUGCCGUGCCUGCACACCUUCUGUCUGGACUGUAUCAACCAGUUGGAGCCAUUCUCGGUGGCCGCUGGUCGCCACCGGGAUGGCCCAGAACAGGAGGGCGGGGACGGAGAAGUUACGAAAGAGGCGAGGAAAGAGAAACGGGUCAACGUCACAGUGCUCUGCCCCGACUGUGACUCCGAAGUGGACCUUCCGCCUUCGGGGCCUGCCGGACUAAGCACCGACCACCUGGCGUUAGACGAAGUGUUUCUCGAGACCCUGGUUAGCAACGGCCCGCUUGGGUGUGACCUGUGUGGCGAAAGCCGGGCGGAGAGCCGCUGUGAGGCCUGCUGCGUCAACUUGUGCGAAUUCUGUUUUCAAGCGCACAGGCGUCAGACGCGUACAGCGUCGCACCCUAUUCAGCAAUUGCAGGAUCUCAAGUCUCGGGGUCGCCUCUGCCGUCCCGUCCUGUGUGCUGUCCAUCCCGGCCAGGAGCUGCGCCUCUUCUGCCAGCCUUGCGACCUGCCAGUGUGCCUGGAAUGCGCCACAACGCUGCACUCUGAGCACCGCUGCUGUCCCACCCAUGAAGUCAUUGGCUGCCAGAGAGACCGCAUCAGGACGCUGGUCACUGUCCGCCUGCGACCUCACCUGCAAAGACUGGAGCAGACACUGCAGAAGGUGGAGGUUUCCCAGAAGGCUUUACAAACGAGAGUGGAAGCCACAGCCAGUGAGAUGAGGGCAUUCGCUCGAGGCUAUGCCAGUGCGGUGGAAGCUCACUGCCUGGCCUUGCUGCGUCGCCUGGACGAGCUUCACCUCCAAUGCAGGAACCAGCUGCAUCUGCAGAAGGCGCAGCUGCAGCAGGCGCUGUCGGACGGCCGGGAUGGCGUGGACUUUGCCGACAGGCUGCUGAGCUGUGGCUCGGAUGCCGAGAUCCUCAGUGCUAAGGGCGUGACGCUGAGAAGGCUGAGCAGCCUGGCGGAGGGCAGCUGUGAUGACCAACUGGCUGCCCUCAUCCCUGAUGACGGCAGUGGUAUCCGCUUUGAUCCCCAGGGGAUGGCGGGUGAGCUGAGCGGCUACCCAGUGGUGGGCGUGAUCCAUUUUAAGGCUUUGGACCCCAACAAGUGCACUAUAGAUGGAGAAGGUCUCCAGCAGGCCAGUGAGGGCCAGCAGGCCCACUUCACCCUGGUUUGCAGAGACUCUGCCGGGGAUCAGAUGGCACGUGGUGGGGAUCCUGUCCUGGUCAGCAUCGUCCACAGGGAGAGGAAACACUGUGCGGUGGAAAGCACAGUGGUGGACAACAAUGACGGCUCUUACAAAGUUUCCUACAGACCGGAUGAGGCUGGAACGUACUCUGUGUGGGUUUGUGUCAAAGCUCAACAUGUAAAGGGUUCUCCGUUUGUUUUGAACGUGACAAAGAAGCUGAGGCAUCACACUGGAGUGUUCCACUGCUGCUCCUUCUGCUCCAGUGGAGGAGCCAAGGAGGCACGCUGUGGCUGUCCAGGAACUAUGCCCGGAGGAUUUCAAGGGUGCGGUCACAGCCAUAAGGGUCAUCCCGGAAAGCCGCACUGGUCGUGUUGUGGCAGCACCACGGAGAAGUCAGAGUGUUUACCUGCCUGCGUGAUUAAAGCCGUCUCUGCAGGCAAACACUUGCGCACUGUCGCGCUCUGAAGUUGGACGAUGUGGCGAUGAUGGGCCCGGAACAGGAAGUCUGUCUACUUGACUGAGUUGCCAGUAAGCCAUCUCCAAGAUAUGAGAAACAUUCUCCGGCUGUUACUUCAAGUGCCUUUAUUAUUUAACAACACUGCCUCUGAACUUGAAACAACGCAACAAAUAGUACAAUAAAUUGGCCAAUACGCAAAAAAAAAAAAUCCAAUCCCAUUAUUGUUGCAGAAUAAUGUUCAAAAUACUUACAUAUGUAGUGAGUCAUCCAUUUUUGGGAAUGCCUUUUUUGUACAAUUACAUUUUAACUGUUGUUUCAGACUGGCAUCUGAGAUCUUUUGGUGCUGCUGUUGAGGCUCAUUAAUGACCUCUUUCAUGUGUGAAUGGUAAUGUCUGUGAUCCGACUGAGAUAAAUACACUCUUAUGACUCAUUUCCCCUUCCAUAUUAGAAAAAGGCAGCUGUCUGUCUAAUUAACUAUUUUAUUAACUAUAUUUUAAGAUCAUUCCAUGGGUCUUACAAUUGCUGACACAUUGGAUAUACUACUGCCAUGCUUACAGUUUACAAGCUCCCUUUCUUCAGUCCUUACAAUUUGACAAUUUUUAUGACAAAUGUUUUUGAACUAUGAGAGAUUUUCUCCAAUGAAAGCAGCUGUUGCCAAAUGUUGCCGUAAAUGCUAUUAUUACACACUGUUCUAUCACCCAAUGUGCAUGUUUUUCCACUGAAAUGAUACUACUGUCUGUACAUUGUAAUAAACAAUCAGGUGUGUGUCUUA